CCCUCUUUGCGACGCCGAAACCAGUUUUUUGGGCGGGAUCCAGAGCCUCCGAUUUUCUAUUCGCCCUCUCUGUCUUUGCUUUCUCUCUAAGAUCAGGUUUCAGCUAAAGUCAUCUGACAUCUAUUCGAUGGCGGUCGAGAGAAUUUUCAAAGAUGAAGCUAGUGAGGAGAAAGGAGAGCGGGCUAGACUGGCGUCAUUUGUGGGUGCAAUGGCAAUUGCUGACUUGGUCAAGACAACCUUAGGGCCAAAGGGAAUGGAUAAAAUUCUCCAAUCAACAGGAAGAGGACAUGUGGUCACUGUUACAAAUGAUGGUGCCACCAUCUUAAAGUCUCUGCAUAUUGAUAAUGCAGCUGCUAAAGUCCUUGUCGAUAUUUCUAAAGUUCAAGAUGACGAGGUUGGUGAUGGGACAACUUCUGUUGUUGUUUUGGCUGGGGAACUCUUAAGGGAGGCAGAAAAGCUCGUUGCAUCAAAGAUUCACCCAAUGACAAUCAUAUCAGGUUAUCGCAUGGCAGCUGAAUGUGCUCGCGAUGCUUUGUUGCAGAAGGUUGUGGAUAAUAAGGCCGAUUCUGAGAAAUUUAAGUCAGACCUAAUGAAGAUUGCAAUGACCACUUUGAGCUCCAAAAUUCUUUCUCAGGAUAAGGAACACUUCGCACAGCUAGCAGUGGAUGCUGUAAUGCGGCUAAAGGGGAGCACCAACUUAGAGGCAAUCCAAAUUAUAAAGAAGCCCGGGGGAUCACUGAAAGAUUCUUUCUUAGAUGAAGGAUUUAUUCUUGACAAGAAAAUAGGUCUUGGUCAGCCCAAGCGCAUAGAGAAUGCAAAGAUUUUGGUUGCAAAUACAGCAAUGGACACAGACAAAGUAAAGAUAUAUGGGGCACGUGUUCGUGUUGACUCAAUGUCUAAGGUUGCUGAAAUUGAAGGGGCUGAGAAAGAAAAAAUGAGAGAAAAAGUGCAAAAGAUAAUAGCUCACGGGAUUAACUGUUUUGUCAACAGACAGUUGAUCUACAAUUUCCCGGAGGAGCUCUUUGCAGAUGCAGGAAUACUUGCAAUUGAGCAUGCUGAUUUUGAUGGGAUUGAGCGUUUGGCCUUAGUAACUGGUGGUGAAAUUGCAUCAACUUUUGAUAAUCCAGAGUCAGUUAAGCUUGGGCACUGCAAACUCAUUGAGGAAAUUAUGAUCGGUGAGGACAAGUUGAUCCACUUUUCUGGCGUUGAACUGGGUCAGGCAUGCACAAUAGUGUUGAGGGGGGCAAGUCAUCAUGUGCUUGACGAGGCUGAGAGGUCUCUGCAUGAUGCCUUGUGUGUGCUGUCUCAGACAGUCAAUGACAGCAGGGUUUUACUCGGAGGUGGAUGGCCUGAGAUGAUUAUGGCAAAGGAAGUUGAUGAGCUAGCCAGGAAGACUCCUGGAAAGAAAUCUCACGCUAUUGAAGCUUUCUCGAGGGCACUCUCAGCCAUUCCUACUAUCAUUGCUGACAAUGCUGGUUUGGACAGUGCUGAGUUGAUUGCAAAGCUACGUGCAGAGCACCAUAAAGAAGGAUGCACUGCAGGGAUUGAUGUCAUCUCUGGAGCUGUAGGAGACAUGGCAGAACGAGGCAUAUCUGAAUCAUUUAAAGUCAAGCAGGCUGUCUUGCUGUCUGCAACAGAGGCUGCAGAGAUGAUUCUUAGAGUUGAUGAGAUCAUCACAUGUGCACCUCGGAAGAGAGAAGAUAGAAUGUGAAAAGCUGGAUAGAACAAUUUGCCAGAAACAAAUGUAUUUUGACGUCUGCCCUUGUCUUGGCAUAGUUUAUGUAUGAUUUGGAUGUUUAUGUUAUUGUUAGAAGAUGGGAUUUAAAGUUUUGGAGAAAUGAGUUUUCGAUA